AACACCACGUAGAUCCCGCUGGUCGACUCGUCGAGAAGCGCGCGCGCGCGCGAUUUUCGAGUUCCUCCUCGCGAUUCCUCCUCGGACUCGAUGCCAGGACGCGGCAGAAAAGUGUCGUUGUUCCCCUUACCGAGGAUCGACAAUUAAGGUAAGCUGCUCGUCACCAAGUAUAAAAAAAGACACUCACCCCUGCUUCAUCGAAAUUGCGAUACGCGGAGAUCCUCAAGAUCUGCUCCAUCCCGCAAAAUGUUCUCAUCUCAUGAAUUACCAGACAAUUACCACACUCUUGUUUAUUGAAACAGCAACAACGAAGAAAUACAAUUGCGAAGCACUUUUUUAAACUAUGAAAUGAAUACAUUUACAAAUGCAAUUACGAUCCUGUGGCGUUGCAAUUUCAAUAAAUUUAAUGGUGCACGUUUUUUUUACCGGCUGUUUUUGUACCACAGUGGAAUACUUCAUCCCUCGUUGUAUCGAGUCGUGACGAAAACGAGACGUGAACAGAUAUUCCAUCAUUGUUUGAUGGAUCUUCAUACACUAAUUUUUGACAAUUAUUAACGUACUGUAAUAUAAUAAUAUUAAUAUUAAUAAAUACAACUUCCUUUUUGCCGUCUCUUAUUGUUCAGCUAAUCGAUUCGAAAGUAUUUAGUAGUAUUUAAUUUAGCGAUAUUCUCAUCAAACAAAUAGACUUAUAUUUUUUAAUAAUUAAUACGAAAAUAGAAUAUAAGAUUACAAAAAGUUCUUAAUUCUGUUAUUGUUCUUUUUAAAGAGUUUUCCCUUUUUUUCUCGCGUUACGUCACAAAAAGAUGCGUUUUUUAAUUAUUACGGAUGAAAAAAUUGGCAAUCACCCCGAAGCCGUUGAAGAAACACUUGAGAAGGUAUUAGAGGAGAAUAAAAAAAGUACGUAGGCGUCCCCGUGGAAGCGUUUUCGUCACGAGCCGAUACGCCGAAGAGAAGGGAAGAGGUAGGAAACUCCGAUCAGACGCCUUUCGCAUCCCGCCGUCGUAAAGGUAGAGCUAAACGGAUCGUGUUAGAGAGAUCGUCGUUGAUCGGGAGAAGCGGCAGAGCGCCGGCCCCGCGACUGGCGUCGAUCGCGAUCGCGAUCGCGGGAUCGAUUGAUUCGUCCCGGUGGCUCGUCGGAGCGUUCUCGAGAGAAUCGGCGGCGUCGUGCGAUCGUCGCUUCUUCGCAGUCAGUUUUCAUUCAAGGUGUCUGUGAACAAUGCCGGAUGACGCUAAGGCACUUGUUGCCUUACUACUGACAAUCACAACGUGAGCGGUCAGUCGUGAUCCGCGGAUCAUCGGGGAGAUAAUGAUUACAGAACAGACCUGGAGCAUGAUGCUGGACAGCGAUGUCACGAGCAUCAACGAGUCGAGUAUUUCGCCGAGGAAACAAUUAUGGAUCAAGGCGGUAAAAAAACUGACUUCCGAGAGGCUGGGCCGGGAAGGACUGGCGGCGUGGGAGGAGCGGAAGUCCAAUGCGGAUCCCGAGGUCGCCGCCAAUGCCAAGAACGUCGUUGAAGCGCUCAACGAGAGUGAGGAGGCCACGAAGACGGAGCCGGAAGCUGUCGUCGGCGCGGAGCCGGCUGAGGCCGACGAAGAGGCUCAGGCUCAACCCGAUGUCUUCAAAAAGGGGAUGCUGUGCAAGGGAAUAUUCUUACCCUCGCUGACCAACAGUUUUCACAACAAACAGCUGGAGACGUCUUAUCUGUUCUAUUCGAACCGACAGAGGCAGAAGUCCCUGAUAAUGCUGAACAUCGUGGAUUUGGGCCUGAAAAUCACGUUGACAGCGAUUUGGCUCUGGCAAAGGGACCCAAGCAGCGGAGGUCUCAUCGAAGGACUGUCCUGGGCCGUGUGCUGCAUGGCGGCGAAUCUGGUGGUCUGCAUGUUCGGCUGGUGGCGUUGCUUUUCUAACAAUUACCUGUACUGGGCCUCCAUCUUCACGUGGUUAUUAAUAAACUCUCAAGGCUUCAUAGGUGCUGGUCUGAAUUUCACCACGCAGCAACGGCUCAUGUGGUACAUACUCUUCGUCGUGUACGCGCCAUACGCGAUGCUACCCCUGCCGCUACGGUGGUGCGUCCUUGCUGGCUACGGAACGGCGCUAACGCACAUGGUGAUGGCCGGCAUAAGUCUCUUGCGAGAUUCCACAUACCUGCGAGACGUCACGUGUAUCAUCCGCAUGCUGACGACAAACGUGCUGCUGUACCUGGCCGUGAACCUCGCCGGCAUGUACACCAAGUACCUGACGGAUCGGGGACAACGACAAGCCUUCCUGGAAACCCAUCGUUCUACGGAGACGAGGCAACGCACGCAGAACGAGAACAAUCGACAGGAGAAGCUGCUGCUCUCAGUACUGCCCGACUUCGUGGCCAAAGAGAUGAUUCGCGAUAUCUCCCGAGAGACCGCUCGAGGAGGACCGAUAUCCUUCACGCCGAAUCAGUUCCACCGGAUAUACAUCCAUCGUUAUGAGAAUGUCAGUAUUCUAUUUGCUGACAUCAAAGGAUUUACAGCUCUGGCAAGUCAGUGCAGCGCCCAGGAGCUGGUGAAGGUGCUGAACGAUCUCUUCGCACGUUUCGACAAGCUUUCGGCGGAGAACCAUUGUCUACGCAUCAAGCUCCUCGGCGAUUGCUAUUACUGCAUUUCCGGCCUGCCGAUUGCUAGGAGCGAUCAUGCCCACUGCUGUGUCGAGAUGGGCCUGCACAUGAUAAAGGCUAUACGAGAUGUGAGGUACACCACGAAGGUGGAUCUAAACAUGAGGAUAGGAAUUCACAGUGGCUCGGUGCUGUGCGGGGUUCUGGGUCUGCGAAAAUGGCAAUUUGAUGUGUGGUCGUACGAUGUCACGCUCGCGAAUCAUCUCGAAAGCGGAGGGAUACCAGGGAGAGUACACAUCUCUGCCGACACACUCAAGUGCCUGAACGACGUUUACGAGGUGGAACCCGGCUACGGGAGCGAGCGAGACAAUUACCUGAAGGACAGAAACGUUGUCACGUAUCUUAUCAAACAAGUAGAACCCCUCAGGUCCAAACGAAGAUACUCGCAGAGGCCAAAGAUCUGGACAGAGGAUGAUCCCGCGAAUAAAAACAAGAAGAGCUUUAAGAUGAACAAUCCUCUUCCCGCGAACAGCAACGCGCCUCCAAAUUCCAACGUAGACGAUGACAUCGGGGUUGAUUGGACACCGGAAAUCCCAUUCGAGAAUCUAAAUACUGCGACGUCGGUGAGUAAUCUGGAGUCUGAGUAUCUUGAGGAAGAGAAUGGUCAACCAGCCAAACCGAGUAAUAAGGCAACUGCGACGACUGCCGGCGAGAAGAAGAGCACUAUCGAGAGCGCCAGUAACAAACGCAUGAGAUCGGCGAACAUCAAUGCAUGGACAUUGCGCUACAAUGACGAAAGUUUGGAAUCUAAGUUUGACCAAUUGCGAGAGGAUAUGUUCAAGUCCAACAUGAUAUGCUGUUUCGUUAUUUGGCUCUUCAUCGCUGUCUCCCAAGCCAUAAUCUUGUCCGACUGCAUGAUUCUUCUGAUUUCGCUGCUGGUGACCACGGUAAUCCUCGUGGCGUCGUCGAUUCUAGUAAUGGCGGAGGAGUUCAAGAGUAUGCCAACGUGCCUGCAGCACACGUCAUCGAUGCUGGUGCACAACAAGAAGCACCGCACCGUCUUUAUCUGCGGCGUCAUUAGCCUAAUGGCGUUGACAUCCGUCAUUGGCGUGCUGACAUGUCCCAUCACAGUGCGCCCUUACCCGGAAGUAAUGGUGCUCGAACGCCAGCAACAGGAGAUGCCGCCGACGACUUCGGAGGUUCCCUCUCCCGUUCACGAAAAACUGAUUGCGACCACUUCAAGAUCGGGUCUGGACCAUUUCAUCCUGACCUUUCUGGAGGCUGCUCUGAGCGACGAGUCCGCGACAGAACAAAAGACCGUCCCUUCGACGGAGAACAACACCCUGGAGGGCGGCAGCAGCAACAUUGAGCUGAAGCUGACGCGGGUGGUCAACAACAGGCUACCCGGAAGAAGUAGAAAGGAGUUUUUCAGAUUCUACAGAUACGAGCAGCGCUAUGGGAAGUCGGAGAUCGGAAGCCGACACUACAAACGGAUCGCGCGCAAACGGGACGCCGGGAGUUCUUCUUCGAGGAAGAUCCUCUCCGUCGAUGAGGAGAGCAACCAGGCUGGCACGGAGUCAUUGAUCCUCACGAGCCUCGGCGAUAACGGGCUCGAGGCAGCCGAUUGCAUUCGGCCGGAAUACAUGGUGUUCACGUGGAUUCUCUGUCUGAUCGCGCUCGCCUCGGCCCUGAAGCUCUACUAUCUAGUGAAGACAGCGUUAGCCGCGGCGAUCGUUUUGGUGUAUGCGGUGCUGAUCCUCGUCGUGUGCAAAGACAUGUUCAGCGAGGGCGAGAAAAACGCCUCGGCGAUACCGCUAUCGGCGCAGAUGCUGACCUUCCUGGGCGUUUUCCUCGUGAUGGUCACGUACCACGGCAGGCUGGUGGAGGUAACGUCGCGAUUGGACUUCCUGUGGAAGCAGCAGGCCGAGAGGGAACUGAGCGACAUGAUCGAAUCGCGGCACAACAACAUGCAACUGCUGAAGAAUAUCUUGCCAGACCACGUGGCGCAUCAUUUCCUCACGCAAGAGCCUCGUGCGCCAGAGGACCUCUACUCGCAGUCGCGGGAUAAGGUAGGGGUGAUGUUCGCCAGCGUGCCAAACUUCACAGAAUUCUACUCGGAGGACGUAAACAAGGGAAUGGAAUGUAUCCGUUUGCUUAACGAGAUUAUUGCCGAUUUCGAUGAACUAUUGGACGAGACGCCGUUCCACUGCAUCGAGAAGAUCAAGACAGUCGGCGCUACUUACAUGGCUGCAUCGGGCCUGAACCCCAGCCAAACCGACAAGAGUGGCGACGACAUGGAGCACCUGUGCAGGCUGGUGGACUAUGCGGUGGCCAUGCGUCAUCGUCUCGAGGACGUAAAUGUCCACUCGUUCAACAAUUUCGACCUGCGAGUGGGCAUCAGUUGCGGUCCCCUCGUGGGCGGUGUGAUCGGGGCGCGGAAGCCGGUCUUCGACAUUUGGGGCAACACCGUAAACGAAGCUUCCAGGAUGGAUUCUACCGGCGUGAUGGGAAAAAUCCAAGUUCCGCAUGACAUCGCCAGGUUCUUGGAAUCGCGGGGUUACCAGACGCAGAAGCGCGGGCUAAUCGAGGUGAAGGGCAAGGGAACGAUGGAAACGUAUUUCGUGUUGGGCAAAAGUACCGUGCAACAAGAGGGCAUUGCCAGGCACAGAAGCACGUGCCGCAGCCUCGCUGCGGUGGUUUACGGGGUGGUCCAGGCGCGCCGCAAGCAAAUAAGAAAGCAAGCAGUGCGAAGAACGUAAAUCGGGAAUCCCUGAGGAUGAUUCGGCGCGCUAGCUUGCCAGCGGUAUUAGAUCGGUGCAGUCUUCCUGUGUAAUGCAAACCAGAAAUGAGAUCACUUCGAGUUUCAAUUUAUCGAAGCGAUCACAAGCGGAAUCCACGCUUUCCGAAAAAUUCUGCCCGUCUUUGUAUAUAACUUUGCUUGGAAUGGGAGAAAUAAAAUAACAAGAUUAACUAAGAAAUAAAAUAAAAGAUUAACUAAGGUAACUCUUUGCGCCGAUCUAAUAAAAUAAAUAAAUGCAGCAAGCACAUUUAGAAUGCGAAAAGGAGUUUUGUCUAAUUCCACUUCUGUGUCAUUUUGCCACAAGAUAUUGAAUGUAUAUAGCACUAAUAAUAAUAAAUAAUCAAUCUUCUAGACACGA